UAUUAGCGACUGUCAUUAUCGACAAGCUGUCUGGCAGAAGAAAAAGAGAAGAUUGCAGCAGAAGCGGAAUAGAUUUAUUGAUUUUAAUAUUCAAGUUAAUAAAACUAACCAAGUGCUGAAAUUAAUUGCGAGAAACCUGCAAAAUGGAAGCGCUGGUGAAUUACAGCAGCGAAGAUGAGCACGAGGAGGAUUCCGGAUACGAGAUACGGGCACCACCACAAACACCAACACCACCGCCAUCAGCAGCUGCUAACCGAAAGCGCAGCUCGCCGCCCGCACAUGCAUCAGCUGCGGCUGCAACUCCAACCAUGGAAGCUGAGGCAUCAAAAACUGCAGCAGCAGUUACAGCAUCUGCAUUGAGUGCUGUAAAGCAGCACAAGUCGAAAAACAAAAGCAGUGAGCGCCAGUUGCGACGCCAGCGUCGACGUUCGAGCAGUCAGAGCGCAAGCAGCGACAGCGACAAUAGCGUCGACAACGCCGAUGACAGCAAAGACAAAUCGAAGAAACAUCUGGCAACGCUGUCGCCAACAACAGCAAUGUCCACAACAACCGCAGCCAGCCCAAAGACGGCUAAAGAUCAUCAAGUGGCUGCGACCGGGCGACACAGCCAUCAUCAUCAUCGUCAUCAUCAUCACAAAAGUCGCAGCAGUCGCCACAACAACAACAACAAUGACGAGGUAAACUUUUGUUCUUACUACCACAUAGAGAUAACUAGCUCAAGUAUGCCUUACAUAAAUACUUAAUAUUUGAUGGAAUUUUAUGGAAUCUGCCAAAAAUUUUGGUUGCAUCAAUUCCUUGUCAGCAAGUUGAAUAUUUUGAUAUUGCAAAAGUCAAGGGGAAAGUGAGAGGUUAG